AGCAUUUCAAGAUUACUAGACAUGGAGCUCGGAAACUCCCAAGUGAGGUUGAAUAAAGCAGCAUUGCUUCUAUGGCUGUGGUGGAUUCCGUGAGGUCUUUAAUUUCUUGCCUUUGUCUUUUCUCAAGGAAUUGUGAACUGCUAGUGAAAAACUGAUUUGUGUGGUGGUUUUGGACAUUGGAAGUUCUUCCACUGGUUCAAUUUGCUGCAUAAAUUAAUGAUUCCAGCACCUAUGCCUAUUUUCACUACAAAGACACCACCAGCCAGAUGCAAUAAAUGUUUGGUGGCCAACUGCACUGGUUUUCACUUGUAUAUAUAUAUAUAUAUAUAUAAAGAAAAAGUAUUAGUUAACAAUGAUUCUGGGAAAAAGUCGAUUCCCAGCAUCUCCAAUCCAAAAAGUAAAGGAGUAUGACAACUUUAUGAACCGAGUCGGUGCUUUAAAAGGCACAUCACUUCCGAGGAAUGUCAUCGGCUGCGAAAGGCCGAUAAACGACAGCCACCCGUGAAUUUAGCAGCCGCGGCCGCACAAACUUCGGACUGGAACCAGCGCCUCGUCCCUCGAUUUCUUCACAGACGUGCCCUGAAUUUGUGCGCAGACCCGGUUGCAUGUGGAAGCCGUAGCCCGCUUUCGUAUUCCAGCAAUACCAUUCUCCACAGGGUAGUGCGAAAACUCCCUCCAGAAUCGCCAUUUGCAGCGCCCGAUGUGUCUAGGAUUCGACAUUCGAUGUCUUUCAAGGCAGAUUGAACUUGAAGGAACCAUGCGUAAAUCCUAGUUCUGAAGUCGACGAAAUGUACACUUUUGGUCUCUCGAGAGAAUCUGACGCUUUCGUCCCCUGGAUCGCGUGCGCGCCCGAGUUUGAUUAAUGGCAGUGAUCCGUGUGGGCGUACCUUUGAUCACAUUCUGUCAGGGCUUUUGUACUAGCACCUGGAAGGUUGAUCCGUCCGAGAGCGAGAGCGUUUUUUCCUGAAUAGAAAUGCUUCACCGGUUUCGUCCGAGGCGACUGGUAAGCAAAAGUAUGCACACGGGUUGAAACUGGGCGGACUGGAGAUCUGGGCUAGUGCACUCUGAGUCACAUUGUCAGAAAGUCUGCCGACAUGCUUGGGCCAAGGUCCAGCCCCGACGUCACCCUGCGCAUGCCCGCCGAGUCCGGAGUCUUCCUAUUUUUAGAUUGCCACUUUGACCCACUUAUUUCGCAUUUCUGCCACAAUCCUCUCAGGAGGCCGGUAUUUAGCAAUGCGAAUCUUGGUUACUCAACUUGCACGACAAACAGUUCGAGUUAAUCGCAGAGCACGGCAACAGAGCGAUGGUGCAGCACAAAUUACACAUGUAAAUGGCAAUCGAAACAGUGUUACUCUGGCAUCGGAUGCUGGAGCAGAUGAAUUAGCCGGAAAGAAGUUGCGGUGACUUGCAAUCAUCCUCCGCGCUACGGAAUUAAUUUCAGAGAUUUACGCCGUAGGGGUCUCUACGCACGUUCAUGGCUUGAAGCAACAUGGCGUCUCGCACCACUUAAGCUCUGAAGGUGGGCUACAUGGCCAUCUCACUCUCGACAUGCACCAAGCUUGACUCAAGGUGGAGCUGGAUGUGAUGAUCUCCGGGCUUCAAACCAGCUAGAACCUCAGAAAGGCGUGGUGCUGCAUCCCCAUGAAUCGAGAUUGAGCUGCAAAACGCACUCAUUCUGCAAGCAGAUGCAAACACUGACCAAGGAUUGCAUCGAAGUUCCAAGUGAAGCUUCGCGGGCGUUAAUAGGAAGUGUGCUACUUCCAUCGGCUUGUUCACCACACUUCAGGUUCCCAGUAGUGCCAGCAAAGGAUCCAAGACGAGCCUUCUUCAAAAUCGACCACAAGAAUGGUGUCCGGGCGGGUGGCGAGUUUGCUGACGGUGCUUAUAGUGCUUGCAUCGCAGUGGAAGUCUCCCCACGCGAGGUCAAUGCCGGUAGAUUUCGACAACCAGGAGUAUGUUCCCACCGACCAAGAGUACCCGGAAUUCCCCCAAAACACUGGGUCCAACGCUCAAUCUGACACCCCGGUCUUCGCCGCGCAGACAGGCGAUGCGUUUGAAUAUAACUCCAACAAUGGAAAUUAUGAUGCCAACAACUGGGACGCCGAAACCUUCGCCAGCGAGGACCUGGUAGCGUCACCUUCUCAAGCGGCACAAUCUAACGCUGACGCCGCGACCGAAGGCGAGCUAUCCUACGACGUUUUCAUCGACUUUCCGGAGAGCGUCCGAGAACCCCCUUCCACCAGCUUCGCAGACGACAACGUGUACCACUCCAAAGCUGCUUACAUGAAUGACGAGGUCUUCUACGACACGUCUGCUGCGGACAUCAUUUACAAGGCCAGCGACGAUGGUUUGAGCCUCGCCACCGCUGACUUAAAUGCUACGGACGCGGAUGACAUGCUCGCCUCUUUAGCGAAGGCCAUGGGCGGGUGCGGUACUGGCAACCCGAUCGACGACUGCUGGAGGUGCGACCCGAACUGGCGCAGCCACCGCCAGGCACUGUCCAAUUGCGCCACCGGAUUCGGAAGAAAUGCCAUCGGCGGCAAGAAUGGACCCAUCUACACCGUCACCAACAAUGGAGAUGAUGCGAAGAACCCUCAGCCGGGAACACUGCGCUACGGAGUGACUCGAAACGGACCGCUUUGGAUCAUUUUCGCCAAGAGUAUGACCAUCCAACUGAAAGGAGAGCUCUUCAUCUCCGCCUACAAGACCGUCGACGGUCGUGGCGCCGAAGUCCACAUUGUCGGAGGCUCGCAGAUCAGCAUCCUUCGCACCAACAACGUCAUCCUGCACGGCCUGCACAUUCACGACAUUCGACCAUCGGGACCAACCACCAUUCGAGUGUCCCCGUCUAAAGUAAUCCGCCGCAACAAAUCCGAGGGCGAUGGCCUUCACAUCUGGGGGUCCCGGGACGUGUGGAUCGACCACUGCUACUUGGCCAAGGCGACCGAUGGGCUCAUCGAUGUCACCCGCGGAUCCACCAUGGUCACAAUUUCCAACUGCUUCCUGGAACAGCAUGACAAGACGAUGCUGCUUGGAGCGGACCCCGACCAUACCGAGGACAGGAACAUGCGGGUCACCGUGGCUUUCAACAAAUUCGGACCCGGCCUCGUCCAACGGUUGCCAAGGUGCCGGUUCGGCGUGUUUCAUGUUUUGAACAAUGACUACUCAGCCGGAUGGGGGAAGUACGCGAUUGGGGGCAGCGAAGAUCCCACCAUUCUCAGCCAAGGCAACCGAUUCAAUCCCGCCGGAAAGAAAGAGGUAACCCAACGCAUCAACGACGGCGGAUCCAGUUACGGAGGCUGGCAGAGAUGGAAUUGGGCAUCCAGCGGCGACAUUUUCCUGGGAGGGUCGUAUUUCACGGGCUCCGGAGCCAGGGCCACCUCCGCCAGCGUCUACGCCAAGGCUUACAGCACAUCGUCACGCCCCGCUCACAUGGUACCCGCCAUCACCAGAAGCGCAGGUCCUCUCAAGUUGUAGAUGCGAUCAACAACGACUUCCUUGUACGAUGAGCACCACGAGGUGUGUGGUGACCCGCUUGUACCAUUUAACCCAGUUUUUCCCUCAAACGGACAUGCAGAGGCUGCGCUUGUAAGCAGCCCGGAGACGUCCAUCUUGUAAGGUAAUAGCAUCGAAUUGCGGCACACCCGGAGCACGGUGUUCAGUGCAGAUGUGUUCGUGGGUGUGCUGCAGAAAACACUGACUUAAUUAGAGUGUUUCUUCUUCUUCUUCUUCUUCUUCUUCUUCGUGUCUCGUCGUACAACAUCGAAAUGUGCAACCUCCUCGAGCAAGCUUCCUCGACAGCGGCUUGUGACGAGUGAAGCGUUGAAAGGUGUUUUGCUUUAGUAGACUACUGUGCAACCGCUACCACAAGUUGUAGUAGACGAGUUGGAAGUUUGCGAUCUCGUGUUUAUGAGCGUAGAUAAGAUGCUAGUAAGUCUGUAGUUAUGUUGAUCGACCGCUAGCCCGGAGGAAUGUAUGGUGCUGGAGUGUGAUGAGUUGGUAUUGUCAUGUCCAUCGACCUCACAGAAGCCCCUUCCUGGCGCAGCAGAGUUGGCUCUGAGAUUACUGUAAGACGUAGUGAAAGCAUCAUCGUCAUCUUGUGAGUUCAACAUUUGCCUUGUCUUUGUUUGGCUUGGCCAGUGCUGAAACAAUCGUGCAAGAUUAUGGCUAUGGUUUUCGCUGAAUAAAGUGAAGUGACUUCACAUUUCA